AAAAUGUCAAAAUUGCCAUGACAACUGUCAUUCAAACAUAAACAAAUUUCUUUUUGAAAAUAAUCAAGUUUGGGGCCCCCACAAUUGCAAUAAUGGCAUUGAACCUUGAUGGUAAGCGUAAACUGGCCGAAGAGAUGCAAAAACGCGAUUACGACGACCAAAUCGAACGAAACAAACUCCAUUUGGCCGAAAAAAACAAAUUUCGGAAUUUGGAACGUUGCAUGCACAACAUACGACGUGAACGCGAGACGGCGGACAAAAUUCUAGAGGGCAAACAACGAGAGGCUUUUUCAGAGAGAAAAUUGGAAAAAACCGAGGCUUUGGCCCGAGAAUUGGACAAAAUCAAACGUAACGAACUGCGAGACUUGAAAUUGAGACAGAGUUUACGCGAGAAUUGCCCCGAAUUGAGGGAAUUGGAGUCGAAAUUGAGGACGGCUUACGUCAGCAAGGAAUUGGCGACGCAGUUGGCCGAGAAAAAUGCCAAAAAAUUGGAGGAUAAGUUGAGACAGCAGCAGGAAUACAGGAAACUGCAAGAGUCCCUCGUGACCCUGGACGAGAUGAAUCAAGUCGCCGCUGAGGAAGAAAUCAAGAAGAAAGCACAAUACCGACAAGAAUUACAAGACCAAAUGAUAAUAAAUGAAAAACGCCGAAGAUACUUAUAUGACGAAUUUCUUCGCGAGAAGAAGAUGAUCGAUGAUAUCGUCCAACGGAUUUACGCCGAAGAUGAGCGCGAACGUCAAGAAAAAAUGUGCAAAAUGCAGAAGACUAAAGAAGAAAUGGACGCGUUUAAAAAAGCCCAACAAAUCUGGCGUAACAAAGAAAAGGAAGAAAUCGAUAAAGAGAAUCAACGAAUUCAGGAAUUCAUCACAAAUAAAGCGCUCGAAAUGCAGUCGAGGGAACAAAAGAAGAACGAAUUGGAAGCAAUUAAAGCGAAAUUGACUGAAAAUAUAGCAAAACAGUUGUACGACGAAGAGAUGCGUCGGAAAGAGAGAGAAGGGAUUAUGCAGGAGUUGUAUGAGGAGGAACAGAAACAGGCGAUCGAGCAGCGCCACAAGGCCAACUUGGAGAAGGAGUUAAGGCAAAGGAUUGAGGUUAGGGAGUCGUUGAGGGACCAGAUGGAGCAAAGGGAGGAGCGGUUGAGGGCGGAGGCGGCUGCGGAUGCGAAAUACAAGGAGGAGUUGUUGGCCAAGUUGGCGGAGGAUCAGAAGUUGGAACAAUUGACGAAUGAGAAGCGGAGGUUGAGGAUGUUGGAGUGUCGGAGGGAGAUUGAGAGGAUGAUGGAGGAGAGGAGGCAGAGGCAUGCGGAGGAGAUGCAAGUCUUGAUGAAGUUGAAGGAGCAAGAGGAGGUGGAGGCGGAAGAAAGGAAGAGGAUUAUUGAGGAGGAGAGGUUGAGGAUGUUGAAGGAACAUGCGAAGAAUUUGAUCGGGUAUUUGCCCAAAGGGGUGUUAAGGCCCGACGAUUUGACACAUUUGGGCAGUGAUCUUGUCUGAAAUAAAAAAUUUUAC